CUCGUGCAGAAAGAGAGCUGCUCCUAAAGUAUGGUCUUAACAUUGGCGUAGAUUAAUAAUUAAAUAUCGUUUUACGCGAAGUUCUAUAGAAACCUUCGAGAAACAAAAUAGUCGCAACAUCGACGUUCAACAGCGACGUCUUCCGUAGUGUUCGUCGUUCACGAAAAAAAAGCAAAAACCUGUUCUUGCGUGACACAUCGGUGCAUGAUAAACGUUCGCCAUGGAUAAAGGCAUGCCACCACCAGCUCCAGGUUUCGCGACAGGGCCAACACCACCGCCAAGCUAUGGUGCUCCACCUCCACAUUACAACGAUGGACAACCAAGUGUGAUCGUCGUAGGAUCUCAACAAUUUGGUUCUGAAUCGCAACGGAUGACAUGCCCCCGAUGUCGUGCAGAAAUUUCCACGCGAGUAGAGACCGAAUCAAAUACGAAAACUCAUUUGUUUGCGCUGCUUCUUUGUGUAUUCGGAUUAUGGUGUUGCGUUCCCUGUCCAUACUGUAUUAACAGCUGCAUGACGCAAAACCACUACUGUCCAUCGUGCGGCACAUUCUUAGGAAAGUGUGAAAAUUAAUUCCAUGCUGACAUCUGCCAAAGUAUAAACGACGAUGUUCACGCGUAACCGCGUGGGGUAAUUACAUCAAAAACACGAAGAAAAUGCCUUGUUUUUUUAUCGUUUGACGAAGAUACCAAAAGCUGUUAAAAAUUAUGAUGUAUUUUUACAACAGAAGUUGUCCGUACGAGGCACGCACACGUUCUACGAACGUAGAACACUUACUCGACGAAUCGGAGACUCCUAAGAACAAUGCUACUUGUUAUUUUUUUAUAAAUACUUAAAUAUACAAUCCCACAAGUAUGCUUAAAAGGCCAGAGUCGCGCGAACGUCAAAUCGACGGACGUUUGUUGUCCCUCUUUGUUUCAAUAAUGAUAAGCAAGGGAGAUUUGUCCUUGUUUUUAUCUUGAAACACAAGGAAAGAUCGUCAACGUCCGUUUCUUCGAUGCUCGUGUGACUCUGACCUAAGACCGUGACUGCAUAGACGUUUUGUAUGCUGCGAUCAAUAAUCGCAUGUGACAAAUGAUAUUUUUGACGCCGCUCUUUGUACGCAGCGUACUAAACACUGUAUAAAGUGCCCGUGUAGUCACACCCUAAGAUCAUGUGAAUCUUAGUUUGUACUGAACAGAAUUGGGGUAAUGUUUAAUCCACCUACGUAUUAAUGACUACAAUUGAAAUAUUUCUUUGUAAAUCGCAAUCAACGAUUAUAUUUUCUUGUGUAAUCACAAUUAACUGAAGCAACUAUUUAAUUAUCGAUUAGUUCGACAAUUAAAUUAGUUAUUUGAUUCGGUUAAUGCCCAACUCUGAUCCUGCGUUAGUAUUUUUAUACAUAGUUACCAUUACGCAACAACGUGCAUUUAUCUUGACGAUCUCAUUCAAGAGAUCGGGAAUUCAUUCGUUCAUUCUUUUAUCUUUAGUUUAUCUAUUUAAACAUACUAUUGAUUAGUAUGUAUAAAUAAUGUUUGACAGUGUUCUUUUGAAAAAAUGUAUAACUAUUUUCAAUCUGUUACACGACAGAAUGUUGCACAAAAUUCACUUUUGAAUUAUUUUCAAAUGAAAGUGUGUAUAUAUAUAUUCCAAUGAAAUUUGUAUACGCGAUGUUAUUGAUAUCAAACUGUUUAUUUAUACAACAUCAAUAUAAUAAAAUACAAAAUGGCUCUGAUACUUAA